AUGUGGGGUUUUUUCGCAUGUGCUCUGACGGAAGCCCGCUUGCUUUAUCACAUUCGAUCGAAGCAGCCGGAAGUAAGGCUGAGCACGCCCAAGCAUACCACAGCCAUUUGGAGCGUAGGGGCAUCUAACACACGCGAUUGCUUGCUGGAGUUGGAGAAGGCUUGCGGUUUUUGCCUAGCCAAACCUUGCUCAGCGUCCGAUUUCAUGCUGUCGAAAGGCAUCAUGCCCGAGACAAUGGAGAUCAGCGAUGCCGCGAAGUCUGGCGACGGAACCACGACCAACGUUGGCAUCAAGAUGACCGGCACCUUCCAGUGCCCAGAAUGCCGCCAAAAGUUUGACUCCGAGAAGGCGAAGCAGCUUCACUGGAAGUUCAUCCAUGACCCAAACAGGCUUCUGCACCUUGUAAAGCGCCUUUUCCGAUCCUUUGUCUUCUGGCAUGUUGCAACUGUUGUAGGCAUCAGGAGGACUGAGCAGGGGCCUUUGAGCAGCUCCGACGGUACCUUUGAAACUGUCGAAGCUUGGGCUUCCGGUUUCCUUUUUUUUUGUUCUACUCGCACAUGCGCUUACGGUAUGGCUCCGGGCUCUUGA